UCUCCCACUGCGGCUCUGAGGCACCAGGAGUGCUCAGAUUUUUGGAAUUACUGGGUGGAAAUGUCUGACUCAGUCAAACCUCUCACUUCCUUCCUCAUCGAGGACAUCCUCUCCAAUAAGGACAGCGCGAGAUUUAAUGACAAAUGCAGCUUGCAGAAGGCGGAAAGAUGGUCACAGUGGAAUGAAGAAUCAGAAAAAUUUUCACCACAACUCUGUCUUCAGGAAACAGCGUUUGGAUUACAGGCAGAGUCUCUGGUCACAUCGUGUCCCAGUUCCUCAGACUCAAGUUUGCAGUCCAGCGGAAAGCAGAAGCGCUCCAGAGCCGCAUUUACACACCUCCAAGUGCUUGAACUGGAGAAGAAAUUUAAUCACCAGAAAUACCUGUCUGCCCCAGAGAGAGCUCAGCUGGCCAGAACCUUAAGACUAACCGAGACCCAGGUGAAAAUCUGGUUUCAGAACAGGAGGUACAAAACAAAGCGGAAGCAGCAGACAUCAGAGCUCUGUAAGGAUUUGUACAAAGCAGAAGGACUGGGUCUGAAAGAGGAUAUGGUCAGAUCAUCACUGAUUACUUCCUUCUACAAAGCCUACCAAUACAGACCCUACCUGUGGGACUACAGUGGCCCCUGGGGCCCGGUGUUAUGGUGAAAAUGAAAUGACGUGAUUUAUAACCAUAGAGUAAUGCAUCUCUAAGCUUCUAAAAAUCUGUGUUCACUGUCGCUGUUGAUUCUUUGUCAGAUCUGGAAUGCAGUGUUUGCUCACGUGUUUUGGAGUGGCUUUGCUCAUAAAAAUGUGCUAUCAUACAAAUCUUGCUGUAUGAACAUGACAUGAGUUUGCACAGCCAAGUUGUGACAUUGUGACAUUUAUUAACAAAUUAAUAAAUUAAUG